ACAACCACACCUACUACAACACCUAGUACAACCACACUCACUAAAACACCUACUACAACGACAACUGCUACAACCACACCUACUACAACCACACCUAGUACAACCACACCUACUACAACAACAACUACUACAACCAAACCUACUACAAUCACACCUACUGCAACCACACCUACUACAACCACACCUACUACAACACCUACUACAACCACACCUACUACAACAUCAUUGACUACAACCACACCUACUAGGACAAAACAGCCUACAACUACACCUACUAAAACACCUAGUACAACAACACCUACAACAACACCUAAAACAACACCUAGUACAACAACACCUACUACAACAACACCGACUACAACCACACCGACUACAACCACACCAACUACAACCACACCGACUACAACCAUACCUACUAAAACCACAACUACAGCACCUACUACAACCACAUCGACUACAACCACACCUACUACAACACCUAGUACAACCACGCCUACUACAACCACACCCACUACAACCACACCGAUUACAACAACACCUACAACAACACCUACUACAACCACUCCUACUACAACACCUAGUACAACCACACCUACUACAACCACACAUACUACAACCACACAUACUACAACCACACCGACUAAAACCACACCGACUACAACCACACCAACUACAACCACACCGACUACAACCAUACCUACUAAAACCACAACUACAGCACCUACUACAACCACAUCGACUACAACCACACCUACUACAACACCUAGUACAACCACACCUACUACAACCACACCCACUACAACCACACCUACUACAACAACACCGACUACAACACCUACUACAACAUCUACUACAACACCUAGUACAACCAGACUUACUACAACCACACCUAGUACAACCACACCUACUACAACCACACCUACUACAACCUCACCUACUACAACAACUUCGACUACCACACCUACUACAACCACACCUACUACAACACCUACUACAACACCUACUACAACACCUACUACAACCACACCUACUACAACACCUAGUACAACAACACUCACUAAAACACCUACUACAACGACACCUGCUACAACCACAACUACUACAACCACACCUAGUACAACCACACCUACUACAACAACAACUAUUACAACCAAACCUACUACAAUCACACCUACUGCAACCACACCUACUACAACCAUACCUACUACAACCACACCCACUUCAACAACACCGACUACAACCAAACCUACUACAACCACACCUACUACAACUACUCCGAUUACAAUAAUACCUAUUACAUCCACCCCUACUACACUUACACCAACUACAACAACAUCGACUACAACAAAACCUACUACAACACAUAGUACAAACACACCUACUACAACAACACCU